GCAAAAACAGCAACAUCCAAUAAAAUCCAAAGUAGUUAAAUUAUUUCAAAUGCAUCCCCUAUGUUCACUUAAUUGUGUAAAGAAACCUAACUACAUUUCUAUCUUUAGAAAUUGUGAUACAUAUGUAGUGACAUAAAAUGUACUAGAAACAGGUAAGACCCAGCUGCUUCUUUCAGAGUAUUCUCAGUGCAGUGCACGAUCACACACAAGCAGCACUGCUCAUUAAACUCAGUUCAGGCUGCACUUUACACACACCAAGACCAGGGGUCAGGAAUCCUGUUGCCUAGCAACUGUGCAGUUGUGGGCAGUUCAGUGAGGACAUAAAGGAAGGAUGACGGAGAACAUAUUAUAGCUGGGAGAAAAAGAUAGGAAGGUAUCAUUAGUGAUGAGAGCGAUGCACUUAUCUACACUGUCAUCUUCUACAGAACAUGUUUUUUUGAACGUCUGCUCUUGUUCAGGUGAUCCAGCAGGCUCUACACAGACAGCCCAGCACAGCGGCGCAGUACCUGCAGCAGAUGUAUGCAGCUCAACAGCAGCAUCUGAUGCUGCAAACGGCAGCUCUACAGCAGCAGCACCUCAGCACAGCGCAGCUCCAGAGCCUCGCAGCAGUGCAGCAGGCCAGUUUAGCAGCCGGAAGACAAAACCAGAAUGGGACCUCAUCUGCGCAGAACGGGCCAUCACAGACCACAAUUAAUUUAACCACGUCCCCUGCCGCUGCUCAGCUGAUCAGUCGUGCCCAGAGUGUAAACUCCGCCCCCUCUGGGAUCUCCCAGCAAGCUGUGUUGCUAGGCAACGCCUCAAGCCCCACCCUGACAGCCAGCCAAGCUCAAAUGUACCUGCGAGCACAGAUGGCUCAGCAGAGUAAUCUUGUGCAUGUAGCCAGGAGUCUGGGCCGAGCCGUCCCUCUGUCCUCUCAGCUGAUUCUGGCUCCUACAGCUACAGUAACUGCUCUACAGUCUGACACUAAUACAGCCAAUAACACACAGUCUGCCUCUGCACAGGUGCAGAACCUUGCCCUUCGCAACCAGCAGGUGGUGUCUUCCACCUCUCAGUCCUCAGGCCUCCAGGCACUGAGUUUAAAGCAGACCCCUGUCUCCAUUCAGCCCACCCCGCUCAUCAAGACACCCAGCCAGAGUGCUUCCAGCUCAGACACUGGGAAAAGCAACGUGAACGCUGCUUCCUCGGAUGGAGUAAAGAUGGGAGAGCAAACAGAGAUGAAAGCAGUUAACAUGAGUCGUAAUGUGUCCUCGUCACAUGCCUUGAUCACACCAGCGUAUGCCCAAAUCCAGCCGCAGGCCCUGAUUAAGCAGCAACCACAACAGUUUGUCAUUCAACCCCAAGCCCCACCCACCUCAAGAACCCAGCCUCAGUUACUGCAGACCGCCUCGGUCCAGCCCCACCAACAGACAGCCUCACUGGCCAUCCAGAGCUCCGCCCAGACCUCAUCGGUAGCAGGAAUCAUUCCGGUUUUGCCUAAACCAGCACUUCACAACCAGGGAUCGGCUCAAAAUCAACAGGCCACCAUCUUCCAUUCAACCGUAAGCCACCAUGCCCUCAGCCAGCACGGCUCACACACAGGCCUGGCCCAUGCUAAAGCUCAACCGGUCCAACUGACAGCCAUCAAUCUCCAAAUCCAACCAGCACAACGCCAGGCUUCAAGACUUGCUCAGGAUGACAAGGAGAAGCCCACCUCUUUGGUGGUAAGAGAGAUUUGUCCACCAGUACAAAUGCAGCCAACCACUACGACCCAAGGCACCGACCCCCCUGAACAAUCCAAAAUCGACACUGUAAAUGCUACAUCUCAAACUCAAGGCUCUGUGGAGACCGCGCGCGAGCCCACGGGAGCACCGGUGACCCCGACCAUGACCUCGGCAGCCCCAAGCGAGCCGCCUCCGGCAGCUGUGACGGGAAGUGUGGCACAAAACGGCGAGAACAAGCCACCCCAAGCCAUUGUGAAGCCUCACGUCCUCACGCACGUCAUCGAGGGUUUUGUCAUUCAGGAGGGAGCUGAGCCAUUCCCCGUGGAGAGACCACCGGUGCAAGCAGACAGCCCCAAGAAACCAGACACGCAGCUUCCCUCAGAUCCAGAGAAAACAGCCAGCAGUAAUUCCCUCAGUGCCACAAACUCAGACAUGGAGGAGGCUGGACAACAAGACACGAGGACCCAGGAGGAACCGGAGGAGCCCAAGCUCACAUGUGAGCUCUGUGGAUGGGUCGAUUUUGCCUACAAGUUCAAACGCUCAAAACGCUUCUGUUCCAUGGUCUGUGCUAAAAGAUACAGUGUAAGUUGCACGAAGCGGGUUGGUCUGUUCCACCCCGACAGAACUAAAACAACCAAUCAGAUAAAUCAGUGGAGAAGGAGGAGGUCUCAUAGUCCCAGAGGCAGGGAGGCCAAAAAGCAGCGGCUCUCUGUGUCUCAGCAAUCUCAGGGAGAAUCUAUAUCCUCACCGCUCCAAUCUCAGCCUAGUCAAGGAGAGUCCAGUCCCUGUUCGGAUAUCUCCAGCUAUGAGGAAGCAACUUCCCCGCUCUCUGCAGCCAGUUCUGGCCCAAUCAUUUCUCAAGGUGGGGUCGCUGCUAACGAUCCCCAAGAGCUUCCUCUCUUCAGUCAGCACUUCCUGCCAAUUGACCCCACCAAAUGGAAUGUGCAGGAGGUGUUUGAGUUCAUUCGCUCUUUGCCAGGUUGCCAGGAGAUUGCAGAUGAGUUUCGUGCUCAGGAGAUUGAUGGACAGGCCAUGCUGCUACUGAAGGAAGAUCACCUCAUGAGUGCCAUGAAUAUUAAAUUAGGACCCGCCCUCAAGAUCUUCGCUCGCAUAAACAUGUUGAAAGAUUCCAAGCCUUGAAAAGGCAGCAAGUGUGUGUGUGUCCUCUGAUGUCACUGACCUUGACCUAGUGACUACAGCACCCCAACUGCACUACAUUUUUUUUUUUUUUAAAUCAACAUCUAAAAACUUUAUACAUAUUGGGGCAAAAGCCCAAAACUCCACCUCCUCAUGAAAAGAACCGAAAUAAAUUCAGCUGGAACAGAAAAUGACCCGACUACCUAUGAAAAAUCGCACAAUAGUGACUUAGACCGAAUGGAAGGCAUUAUGAAUCAGUGAUUUGGAAUUAUGACUGGACUUAACUAGUUGUAUCGGUGCUCAGAAGAAAUCUUUGGAUAAUGUACGUAUCACAACAGUGCUGUCCAAACAGAACUAAUAUUAUCAUGUGGUUUUACAGUCCCACAUCUUGGCCCAGAUGUCUCUGGAUUGUACAUUUGUUGUUUUCAGGUAUGAUUUUGUCUUAUUGUACAUGUCAGAUGCUUUUGUACAGUACAAAUAUGUUUAAGUAAAUUAUUCUUACCUUUGUGUGUGAGUAUUUGUUACAGAGUUGAAUCACAAAAAACUGGUGCUAUUUCACUGUCACAUUUACUUUGAGAAGACUUGAAUAACAGAAGCACAGGAAUGGAAUAUUCAACUCUAAACCUGAAAACCGAUACAACCUGUAAGAAGGGAUCCAGUCUGAUAAAUGCCUGUCAACAGCGCCUUAUUCAAUGUGUGUCCGUACAGACGCUCUGGUUUUGAGAUGCACAUUAAAUUGUAUUUGUCUUGGAUAUUGGGAAUGACGCUAUGUUUGGUUUUAAUUGUGCCCAGAUUUGUCCUUGUGUGUUGCAAGAAAGGAUUGUGAUGAUGAAUUGGGUUUUUUGUACAAUGCUUUGCGAAAUGCCUGUAUUUAUCAGAUGAAUGAAAUUUGUAAUAUAACAUUUUUAAUGAA